UAAACAAAAACUUCGCAAAACAUUUUGGCGGAAGCAAAAAUAAAAAGACGCGUCGGCGACAGUCGUUCUUUCUCCUCGUUGUCGUUAGUCCUUGAAAUUGUAAUGUGCACGUGAAAAAUCGUCUCAAACUAUUGCAAUAAGUUAUUUCGUCUAUAUUUUGUUAAAAACAAAAGAAAAAUGUCAAAACGCAACAGCCUUGGUGGAACACCCAAAAGCGGUGGCAACACAUUAUUCAAUUAUUUUGCUAAAUCACCCGCAACAUCAGCCAAAAAACCAACAAAACCAGAAACUGAAAUUAAAGAACCAUCUCAAAAUGGAACCAAAAAAAUUAAAGAAGAAUCACCAAAACCAGAAACAACUAAACCAACCAAACGACAACUAGACACUUAUUUCAGUGAUUCCGAUCAAGAAGAAAUAAUUGUCCAAAAGAAAAAACGUUCAAAAAUUUCAUGCAUCGUCGAUUCGGAUGAUUCAGAAAGUGAAAAUACUUCUGACAACAUUCCACCAGUUAAAGAAGUCAAAGAAGAAAUGGAAGUCGAUGUCAAUGACAACGACGAAGACGAUAAACCACCAACUGAAUUAAUGGAAAAACUAAAGAAUCUUCAAGAUGAUGAACCAAAAUCCAAGAAAGAACAAAAGAAAUUAGAAGAAAUUGUCAAUUCUGGGUCAAAUUUGGACGAGCCAGUUGUUUGGCUUCAUAAUAAAUUGGAAUUCCUUAAACCAGAUAAAAUUAAAGAUAAAAAAGGUCGUCGACCAGAUCAUCCAGAUUAUGAUCCGGGAACUUUAUUGGUUCCGGAGAGUUUUUUAAAUUCACAAACACCGGGAAUGAGACAAUGGUGGGUUUUGAAACAAGACAACUACGAUUGUGUGUUGUUCUUUAAAGUUGGUAAAUUCUAUGAAUUCUAUCACAUGGAUGCUGACAUUACAAUUAAAGAACUUGGAUUCACUUAUAUGAAGGGAGAAUUUGCACAUUCGGGAGCUCCGGAAGGGACAUACGCUAAAAUGGCACAAACUCUUAUUGAAAGGGGUUAUAAGGUGGCUCGUGUUGAACAAACCGAAACCCCAGACAUGAUGACCGAGCGAUGCAAGAAACAAGGUAAGACAACAAAGUACGACAAAGUUGUGAAAAGAGAAAUCUGCCAGAUAUCCAACAGAGGAACUCAAAUCUUUGGAUCCCAUUACUGCCAGAUAACACCCAAUUACCAACCCAACUUUAUGCUGUCCAUUGUUGAAAAGAAUGAAGGAACAACAAGCAAAUAUGGAGUCUGUUUCACUGAUACAUCGAUUGGAGACUUUUAUGUUGGUGAAUUUGAAGAUGAUAAGAGUUGUUCUCGUUUUCUUACCCUUAUUUCUCAUCAUUUUCCUGUUUUGAUUAUUUCUGAAAAACAAUCGCUCUCGUCGCGUACUCAACAAAUCUACCGAACUAUCUUAGGCGGUGUUCUAAAAGAUUACCUUCCCUCUGGAAAUCAAUCGUGGACGGCAGAGAAAACCCUUAAACAUUUGGGUGAAAGAUAUUAUACCAAAUCUGGAAAAGAAUGGCCAGCAUUGAUUAAAUCAAUGCAAGAUGAAGGCGAUCAUCUUGGUCUUACUCCUCACGCAUGUUAUACCCUUGCCUUAAAAGCUCUAGGAGGCUGUAUCAACUAUCUCAAUCGAUGUCUUUUGGAGGAGAAAGUUAUGCCAUCGGCACAUUUCCAUUUAUACGUUCCACCUGAUAUGCUUGAUCAAUUAAUUGAAAAUAAAUCAUCAGCACCGAAAUCAGAAGCUAAACGAAAUCAAAUGAAUAAUCAUAUGGUUUUGGAUUCUAUUACAUUGUCUAAUCUUAGAAUUACUGGAGAAGAACAUUCACUUUACAGCACUCUAGAUCAGUGUUGUACAAAGUUUGGAAAACGUCUUCUUCAUUAUUGGGUUUGUUCGCCAAGUUGUAAUAUUGAUGUCAUACGUGAACGACAAAAUGCUAUUUCUGAUUUGAUGGCGAAUGAUGAAGUAUUAAAGGAAGCCCGAGGUCUGCUAGCUCCGCUGCCUGAUUUUGAAAGAUAUUUGGCACAAAUUAAUUUGUUUGGUAAUAAAUUGGUCGCGGAAAAACAUCCAGAUGGAAGAGCAAUAUUCUUUGAUGAGAAGAUGUAUAACAAGAAGAAAAUUCAAAACUUUAUAGACAUUUUAAAAGGAUUCGAAGUCGUACAACAAAUUCCAGAGAUUUUUAAAAACUGUGAGUCAAGUUUAAUCAAACGCUUAUCACAACUGCAGCCAGAUGGAUGUUUCCCAGAACUAAAGAAAGUCUUAAAGUUUUUCAAAAAAGCAUUUGAUCAUGAAGAAGCUCUAAAAACAGGCGUCAUAGCUCCUGAAAAAAAUGUUGAUGCCGAAUUUGAUAAUACCGAAGCUAGAAUUGAAGAAAUUAAUAAGAAACUCCAAGAAUAUCUCGUAAAACAGGAAAAAUACUUUGGAUGUCGUAUAACUUACUUUGGUAGUGACAAGAAACGUUUUCAACUUGAAGUUCCCGAAAGUCAUGCUAGGAAAGCUGGUAGUGAUUAUUUCUUAGAGGGACAAAAAAAGGGUGCCAAACCAUGCCGCCGAUAUCAUACCAAUGAAACAAGGAAUUUGCUCAAACAAAUGCAACAAGCUGAAGAUGAUAGAAAUAAUGUUUUACGAGAUUUAUCUCGCAGAGUUUUUGAAAAAUUCUCAAAUCACUAUGAUUUGUGGAAACAAUGUGUAGAUAAUCUAGCAACUUUAGAUGUUCUAUGCUCUCUUGCCGAAUAUGCUCGUAAUCAAAAUUUCAUUUGUGUCCCUGAGUUCGAUUGUGAUGCUGAGACGCCAUUCAUUGAAAUUGAGGAAGGUUAUCAUCCUUGCGUAGCGGCGGAGACCUACAUUCCAAAUGGAAUUGCAUUAGGAUCAUCUGGCAAUGCACCUUUGUCGCUUCUUACAGGCCCAAAUAUGGGUGGUAAGAGUACAUUGAUGAGACAAGUUGGACUUUUAGUGGUUAUGGCACAAAUUGGCUGUCAUGUACCAGCAAAUAGUUGCAAACUAUCGCUGGUUGAUAGAAUAUUUACUAGAUUGGGUGCUCAAGAUGACAUUCUUUCUGGUCACAGUACAUUCCUGGUGGAACUUAAUGAAACCUCAUUGAUCCUGAAACACGCUACAGUUAACAGUUUAGUUCUACUUGAUGAAUUAGGUCGUGGAACUGCAACUUAUGAUGGCACAGCCAUUGCAGCAUCGGUUGUUCAUUUCUUGGCCAAUCUUAAGUGUAGAACACUCUUCUCUACACAUUAUCACAAUUUGAUCGAUUUCUUCCAUCAAGACAGUCGAGUUGUUUUGGGUCAUAUGGCUUGUAUGGUGGAGAACGAAGAUACCGAAGAUCCAACUCAAGAGACUGUUGUUUUCUUAUACAAAUAUACAUCUGGUGCUUGUCCAAAAUCAUAUGGCUUUAAUGCAGCCAAAUUGGCUGGAAUGUCUCAUUCGAUUAUAAAAAGAGCUUAUGAACUUUCUAAGAAAGUUGAAGCAAUUGCACUUAAAAGAAAAAUUGCUUCUAAAGUCAUGGCUGGAGCAGAUACCUCAUCUAUUAAGAACCUCAUUAUGCAACUUAAUACCUGUAAAGUCCAUUAAUGAAUCCACUUGUUUUUUAUAUAAAUCUUAUAUUUACUUUGUUUUUGUAACCAGUGUUUUUUGUUGUUGAAAAAAAAAAGAAAAACCAAAUACAUUCUGUUAAUGUUUCAUAUUCAAA